UGCACUGUAGUGUGUAGGAAUACUGGUGAGGAUAAUGUUUCAUUUUCGGAAAAGUACAUCAUCAUCUGUUGACAAAGGCUGGGCAUGGGUUGUCCUGUUUGGGUGUUUCAUGGAGUAUUUAAUAAUACUUGGGAUGUUCAAGUCCUUUGGGUUAUUUUUUGUGGAAUAUCAGAAGAAAUUUUCGGCAACAUCGUCAGUGAUUUCUAUGGUUCUAUCUGUUCAAACAAUUAUAGCAAGUGUUCUAUCUAUUCUCGUCAUGGGAAUCGGAACACGGUUCUUUGGUGAGCGGUCUUUGAUAAUCGGUGGUGCAUUGUUUGGGCUAGGCUCCAGCCUAGGUAACGCAUUUGCCCCUCAGUCUUCAGUCUUGUUCUUCACCCAAAGUACUUUAUUUGCUUUAACUUCGGUUACAGCACAUACGCCCUCCACCUUGAUCCUUGGAAAAUAUUUUGAGAAACGCAGAGGGAUGGCUAAUGCGAUUGCAAAUGUCGGUGGAAGCAUCGGCGGAUUGGCUUUACCCCCUUUGUUUGCUUACUUGUUUGAAGUAUAUGGCCUGCAAGGGGCGCUCAUCAUAGCUGGAGGAAUUUUUCUUCAUUUCAUUCCCAUUGGGAUGUUGAUGAGGCCGAUUGAAAGAAAGGCAAAUGCAGUUCCAGACAUAGAUGAAAAAGACGUUGACCACGAUAAAAUGGUUAAUGGACUUUCUGAUAAAAAGUUUUCUUCAAAUGAUAGAAUAAAAGAUGAAAUUGAAAAUGAAGUGGGAGAAAAACUAAUUGCAAAACGUUUUGAUGGCAGUGGGAACUCACAGCAAAGUAUAAGUAGCUCUAAAGAUGACAGAAACAUACAAGUAAAGCCCUCUGAACUGAUGGGAAGUUUAGCUAACAUUUCAGUGACAAUUUCCAUGGAAGGAAUAAAUAUAGCUAAUUCAAAAUUGGAAAUUGACAAGGACCUUGAUCAAGGUGAAAGAAGCAAAAACUGUUGUAUGCAAUUUUUAUUUACUUUAUUUGACUUUUCCUUAUUUAAAAAUGGUCAGUUUAUCCUCUUAAUGUCUUCUUCACUUCUCGUCUGUGCAGCCUGCAGUAUUCCUAUAACUUAUAUUCCACCUUUUGCUAAGGAUCAAGGAUUACAAACAGAAUUGAUUGGAAUCCUCGUAACCAUUUCAGCUGCAAGUGACCUAGUGGGCCGAUUUUUAUUUGUAUUUAUUGCCGAUAACAAGAAAAUUGAAAGGCGUCAUAUGAUGACAAUUGCGAUGAUCGCCAAUGGAGCUACAUGCUUCAUGGCAUUUUUUUCUACAAAUUUUACAUAUCUAGCGAUUUUUGGCAUCCUUCAAGCUAUGUUUGGAGGCGUUUACUUUUCUAUGAUUAAUGUCCUGAUAGUUGAUUUUAUUGGGUUGGAGAAACUGAACUACGGAAUAGCAUUUGCUGCGGUGACGAGAGGAAUAUCCAUAGCUGUGACUUCAAUGGCUGUAGGUAUUUUACGAGACUCCACUGGAAGUUAUGUUUCAGGAUUUUCUUUGAUGGGAGUAUGCUCAAUUGUUGGGGGAAUGAUUCUACUUUUCAAGCCUUGUGUUUCAAGAUGACAAUAUGGAUGAAUAUUUUCAUACGAUAGGCGAAUAUCUCUAUGGUGUGAAUGUGUUUGAUUUUAGAUACCAGAAGUAUAUGUCACCAAACAAAAAAUUGAUGUUCUUAACCUGUAUACAAUGAACAGUACAAUAAAUGCUAUUGCAGCACAUGCAUUUUACUCUCAAAUUGCUUAUUUACAGUAUCUGAAAGUAUUGACUUCCUGUAUUUUUUUUUAAAUGCCUGAUAUAAGGAAUUAUUUCCAGUGAAAAUAAAAAUAUAACUACCCACACACGCUUUUUCUUCAAUCAACACUGUAGUCUAUUAUAUAACGCAAAUAAUAAUGUUCAACAGUAGGAAGAAAAAGCAACCAGUCUCUUCAUAUUUCUUAGAAUAAGCCGGGAUGAAGAAAAGGCAAUCCAUUAAGUUUUUCUUAGAAUAGCCUCUUUAGAUAUAAUAGAAGUCUGAAAAGUGAAUUGUAAAUCUCCAUGUAUUUAACU